GUUCGUAGAGGUUUCAGUCCAUGAUUGGCAUUGCAGAACAGAAACAACAUGGUGCAUACAAGGCAGAAAGGGUAACAAAAAAAAGCUCCACUUGUUUUUCCCACUGGAGAAAAGACAUCAAAAUCCUGGAUGGGGAAAUUACAACAGCUCACCGCACGUGCUCCCUAAGUUACAGUGCCGGGGCAUUCUCCCCAAAUACGCUCAAGCGGUGUUAGUAGGAACUCCUACCAUGGAGCCCCACACCAUGGUCGCAGAAAGGAGCUGCUUACAGAACCAGGGGAAAAGACAAAAGGUCACUGUUUCGGGCUCUAACAGGAAGAGGAGAGAAGUCCUGGGGCCACACGCUGGCCUCGGUGGCCCUCGUAGCUCCCAGGGAUCGGUGGACAGCACGCCCAGCCCCCCUUGUCCCCGUACUCACUCCACUCUGGGGCCCCGGGUCUCCCAAUCAGGGAACAAAACCCUGGCGGCUGCGGUGACUUCCCCACCCCGGCGCUGGAUGCGCCGCUAAUCCGCUCACAAAGCGCCCGCUGCCGUCCCAUUGUCUAUGCCCAGGCACAGGGGGCCAGCGGCGGGCCGGCUCUGGAACGUGCCAAGCGCAGGGGGCCGAGGGGUUAUAUACAGGAGGCCACGGCCGGGCCGCCGCCCUCACGGAGUCAUGUACCACCGCAGCUACGUGUUCCAGGCCCGCCGGGAGCGCUACGAGCGCUCCGCGGAGCCCGAGCGGGAUGCGAUCGCCGGGCCCCCUAGCCCCGCGCCGCUGCAGGGCCUGGGGGAGCGCGUGGCCGCCCACGUGCAGCGCGCUCGGGCGCUAGAGCAGCGCCACGCGGGGCUGCGCGGGCAGCUCGACACCUUCAGGCGCCUGGGCGAACUGGCGGGGCCCGAGGACGCCCUAGCGCGACACGCCGAGUCCAACCGGAGGCGCGCGGGGGACCUGGCGGCCGAGCGCACCCAGCUGCUGCGCCAGAGCGUGGAGGCACAGCGCGCGCUCGACGAGUUCAGGACCAAGUAUGAAAACGAGUGUGAGUGUCAGCUGCUGCUGAAGGAAAUGCUGGAGCGGCUAAACAAGGAAGCUGAUGAAGCCUUGUUGCAUAACCUGCGCCAACAGCUCGAGGCCCAGUUUCUGCAGGACGAUAUCAGUGUGACCAAGGACAGGAACAAAAAGAAUCUUCUGGAAAUCCAGACCUACAUUGGCAUCCUGCAGCAGAUCAUCCAAACAGCACCUCAGGGGCCCGCUAUCAUGUGUGAGAUGAGGGAGGAGAAACUCCUGACGGAACGAGAGGUGGCCUCACUGCAGAGCCAGCUGGAGGAGGGCCGGGAGGCGCUGUCCCACCUGCAGGCACAGCUCGCGGAGCUGCAGGCCCAGACCUUGGCCCUGGAGCAGGCAAUGAAAAAUGCCCACGAGUGUUACAAUGACAAGAUCCAGCUGUACAAUGAGCAGAUUGAGAGCCUGCGGAGGGAGAUCGAGGAGGCUGAGCGGACGCUGGAGAGGACUUCAUACGACUGCCGGCAGCUGGCAGUGGCCCAGCAGACCCUGAGGAACGAGCUGGACCGAUAUCAGCGCAUCAUCGAGAUUGAAGCCAACAGGCUGAGCUCCGCCUUCAUCGAGACUCCGGUCAUCCUGUUCACCCCGAGCCACAAGACUCCUCUCAGCCUGGGAUCAGGUGGGAAAGAUCUCGCCAGGACCUUGCAAGACAUCACAGCAGCUAAACCAAGGCAAAAAGGCCUCCCCAAGAACGUUCCAUGGAAGAAGGAGAUCAUAGCUCAGGAUAAAGCAGAUAAAAUUCUGGAAGACCCCCCGGUAAAAGAUCCGGAAGACCCAAAGCCAGGACAGGGGGCAGCUAAAGAGGAGGCUGAAUUCAGGUGUGAAUUGGGGGGUGGAGAAGCAAGCUCCUCAGUCCAGGGAAGGGGUCUGGAAGAUGUGCCAGACGGGGGGCAGAUCAGCAAAGCCCUCGGGAAACUGUGCAAGAAGGUCAAGGAAAGAGUGAGAAUCCACAGAGAACCAGCACCGGAGCCCCCCGCCGACCUCUACACCAAAGGGCGUCGCGUGCUGGUCACGGGGGAGGCCAGCUAUGUGGACCCUGGGUUCUGCUCCUCCUCCAUCCCCACUGGAGGUGGGGUAGUGAUUUCCAUUGAGGAAGGCUCUGUGUAUGGUAAUGGGCGCGUGGAGCCCUGUCCUGAGCAGCCCAUGCCACCUUUGGAGAAUGGACCAGGGGGUCCCCAGCGGGGAGAGGGGGAGCACACAGGAAACCAGCAGUCUGCAGACAAGGGGGAAGAGAUAAAAGCCCAGGAACCGAAAGACCCUGGGGUGAAGGACCAGGGCCAGAAGGAAGAGGAGAGCCCCAGGAGACCCUGUCCUGUGGCCAUACCCGGUCCAGAGGAACCAUCUACACCCCAGCCUCCAGGGCCUGGGUCCGCUCAGGAUGGAGAGGAGAGUAAGAGCAGUGGCCAGCCAGAAAGGGGCCUUCCCAGGCCUAUGGCUUUCAAGAAGGUAGAAAUGGUGGAAUCCAUUGAGCAGAUUUCAAUGGAGAGCAUCGAGACAUACGAGGAGACCUCUGGUCGUGGAGACCAUGACCGGGAAGACAAAGGUGAAUAAGAAACUGGGAGAGAAGGGCACGUAGGAUGGCUGGGCUCAGUGGAGGAGGAGUCGGUGGGCCGCUGUAGGGAAAUGCUUUGCUGUCUUAAGGCAGAUGGUAGCAGUGUAGUUCCUGUGUGGGUUUGACUAUAGAUGACUCACUGGUGUUAUCGGAGAACCUGCACUAAAAUGUUUUCU